AAAACAAGAAAAAAAAAACAGAAAGCAAAACCUGGAGAGAGAACGAACUGCCAAAAGAAAAAAGAAAGAAAAGGAACUGGCUGACAUAAUGACAUACUUAUAAAUAAAGAGAAGUUUAUUUCUAACAGAAUAAACAUACUUAGGGGCAAAGGUGAAAAAAAAAAUCAUUUCGUUUUGGGCUCUUAGUUCAGCCCAUGUGUGUUAAAUGUUUACAAAUCUGAUAUAGAUUAGUUUUGUCUUUCUGAUUAAAUAUAAAGUUCUUCUGAUUAAAUAUUAGGAUGAUUUUUUUAUUAAAUUAAACUUAGCUUAAUCUCUUUUCGCUCCCAUAUUUGAAAUUGAAAGCUGAAAAAUCGCAAGAUCUGAUCCCGAGGCACCGCCGUUCACGACGGAGCAAGAGAAGGGAGACAAGAAAACGACCGGGGAAUGAGCGGGGCGACGCUGUGCACUCUGUUGGGUGAACUAGGGUACGAAGGGGCGGACGCAUUAGACCCUGACAGCUUCGAAUGGCCCUUCCAAUACGACGACGCUCGACCCAUCCUCGACUGGAUCUGCUCCAGCCUCCGCCCCUCCAACGUCCUCUCUCUCCCCGAACUCUCCUAAUAUGAGCAAUUUGUACAGGAGGGGAAGCUAUUACAGGGAGAAGAUUUGGACUUUGCUUACGAUAGCAUUUCGGCCUUUGCUUCCAGGCGGUUUUGGCAGCCGAGGAGGGACUCAAAGAUAUCCGUAAAUCAUGGCGAGGAGGGAGGAUGUUAAUGAAGGGAUAAUGUACAGAAAUAGGUGGAGGACUAGUAUGCCUAUAAAUUCUUAGUAGUUUGGAUAACGAAAAGCUAUGCUUGGGAUGCAACUUUGGCCUAUAAAGCUGAAGCUUUACAGUUGCAGAGACAGCUUAGGCAUCUGCAUUCCCAAUUCGACAUGCUUACUGAUUAGGCUUUUACUCUGAUCCAAGGGAGACGGGCACGAGUUGCUGCAACGUCUACUGUCAAUGGACAUCUUACAACUAUAGACGAUAGCCUCUCUGCAAGAAAUUUGCAGAUGAAUGCAGUUCUUGGAAGGAUGGCUUCUACAGCACAAGAGUUGGCCCAUUAUCAUUCUGGGGAUGGGGAUGGCAUCUAUUUAGCUUACUCAGACUUUCGUCCAUACUUAAUUGGAGAUUCAUCUUGUAUGAAGGAGCUAAAUCUGUGGUUUGCCAAGCAGUUAGAGACAUGUUGCUUUCACUUAGGAUGGAAAUUUAGCCAGUAUCGCUGCAACUUACUUUUCAGAAAUCCAUCAAAACUUCGUGGCAGGCUGCCAGCUUUUAUUUCUAGAUCCUCUGCAUUGAAAGGUCCUUUUUCGUUUAGUUGUUGAAGAGGGCAAAUCUAAGUGUUCAUGGGUGAGUCUUGAAGACAUCUCAAACAUCAUAGUAAGAGAUUUAGAAAAAUCUCAUCAUCAGCGUGUCUCUGAGUUGCAAUGACUUCGUUCUAUGUAUGUAACUUUUCCCCCCAUUUACAAAGUUUUAACUUAUAUAAAAUGAUAUGAUGCCUACUUAUUUUUUCAGAUUUCAGAUCACGACAUCCUCUUUAAGAAACCAGAACAAUUGCUGUUAUUAUUUACUUCAAUCAUUUGAUUUCUUUUAAGAAUCUACAAAAAAGGUACACAAGGUUGAUAGCCUUUAUGAAAGUCCACAAAGAAGGUCCAAAAAUGUUGAUAUUUUGAUUUAUGGUAUGAUGGAAAUUAGAGGAUGUAUUCCUUUUGUGUAAUCAGAGUGAGAGGGUAUAUUAAUUAUUUUACUUCUCUGACACUUGGGAGGUACAGAAAGUUUCCUUUUUAUUUGUUUGUAUUCUGUUAUAUCUUCUUCAUCAUCAAUCUCUCUCUCUCUCUACACACAUGCUUGCGUAUCACACACAAACACAUUCUUUGAAAUGAUGUGGUAUUUUAAUGAUUCAACCAUACGUUUGUUGUUUAGAUGAUUUAUCUAUUUCUGGUACUUGAAUAGAUGUGGUAUUUCUAUAUCUGUGGCUGGUUAACCUUUUUCUUGUCAACUUUCAUGCUGGCAUUUUUUGUUGUUCGUAAAUUUGGAAUCCCUGCUGACUCUGUUGCUGCUAAAUAUUGUGCAGUUUUGGGACAAGUGAAAGACAAUGGGUGGAAGCCCAAGUUGAGAAUGCUAAGCAGCAAGCAAUUCUAAUGGCACAUAAAUCUCAAGUAUCAUCAGAUGAAACUCACAUCCAUCUUGAUCUUCAUUCCCUUAGGUGAAAGCAUGCAGAACUUGUUGGAGAACUAUCAAAUUCUUAUCCCAAGGAAGAUAAAUUAUUAUUUGAGACUAUUCCGGGUCUUUGUUGGGAGCUGGCUCAACUCCAAGACACGUACAUAUUGCAAGUUUAUAAAUCAUCUUCUUAAUCAGCUUGCAAGGCAGCAGUUCUUGAAAAUGGCUUGUCAGUUGGAAAAGAAAAAUAUGCUCGGAGCAUACUCCUUGCUUGAAGUUAUUGAAUCAGAGGUGCAACCUUACCUAUCAGCAACAAAAGGCCGUGUGGGUCGUUGCCUGGCAUUAAUUCAAGCGGCAUCUGAUGUACAAGAACAAGGAGUGGAUGAUCAGGAUCACUUUUUGCAUGGUGUUAGAGAUCUUUUAAGUAUCCAUUCAAAUGCUCAAGUUGGGCUAUCAACAUAUGUAUCAGCUCCAGGUAUUGUGCAGCAGAUAUCGAGUCUUCAUUCAGACUUGAUGACCCUUCAGUCUGAUCUUGAGAACUCACUUCCAGAGGACAGAAAUAGAUCCGUAAAUGAGUUGAUCAUAUUGUACCAGUUGUAUCCUCAAUUUUCUUACGCAGGCUGCUUCUUCCUGGGGUUCAUCAUAAUAUUGCUUUGCGCUCAACCUUGCUGGAUUAUAACAGGCACUGGAGUGAUUCAGAUUUCCAUUCUCUAACCGCCGAUAUGUUGAAGAAGGAAAUUCUUUCCCUGAUUGAACAUGAGGUUUGCGUUGGAGUUUUUAUUGUUUCUCUCUCACACACUCAUAUGACACCGUGGAGGGGAUAGGAAUGACCUGGGGUUGCUAGCUAACAGAUAACCAAUGUAUGUUGUAUAUUG